AUGCCAGUCGUGGAGCAGAUCCUGCGACGUGUGCAAGCUGCGCCCACCAUGUCCCCGGCGGCGUUGGCGGCGGCGGAGGCAGCGCGGGAAAAGAUUCUCGACCAGUUCAAAGUACUUCAGAUUUUGUAUACGGUUGGGUAUGGCACCAUGUUCCUCUUGUCGGUCGCGUGUGUCGUGUACCUUCGGCGGCACCGCGCGACCGCGUACCUCGGCGACUCGGACGCCGCGCGCAAAAUCCUUCUGCCGUCCUUCGAGCCGCUCAUUUGGGUCAUGUGCGCCGUCACUGGGUCGUACACGCUCUACUUUAUCGCUGCGUCGAUCGCCGACUACUCCAAGCCGAUUUUCAACUCGAUUUUUACCGAACUUUUGUACGAAGGCCGGCAGUUUAUCGUGUUUUUGGUCAUUACGUUCCUCUUUCAGCGGUCGGUGUCGCGGCCCGCGCUCACGCGCUCGAUGGCGAUUUCGUUUGUGCUCUGCGCGAUUCCGCUCACGACCACGAUUGUCUUCAACGUCAUCGACGCCGCCCCGCUCACGGCCCACGUCGUCACGAUCGUGUAUCGGGUCAGCAUCAUUGCCUUUUUGAUUGGGCUCUGCUUUUAUCCGCUCGGCCGCGCCAACCAGCGCGCGCUGCGCGAAUUUUGCGGCUUUCUCAUCGGCUAUUAUGUGCUCGUCUUGAUUUACGCAGAGCUCUUCUACGUCAACUUGACCACCGCGGGGAUCGUUCUUGUCUUCUUCACGAUCACGUGGGCGUCCACCGCUCCGUUCUUUAUCUACCGCGUGCUCCGCGCCGACACGCAGCAUUGGCGCGGCCUCGGCGAGCGCGCGUGCGACCUCCAAGCGCUCUUUCGGCAAAACCAGUGCAUGCAGGAGAUCGUGUCGGCGCAAGGUCUGCACAUUUUACUCGAGAUGCACCAGCGCGACAUCAUUGACUUUGCCCACCUCGAGCUCACGCGCAAGAUCGGGCUCGGCGCGUCCGCCGACGUCUACCGCGGGCUCCUCCACUCCAAGAUUCCGGUCGCGAUCAAGGUCUACUCGCCGACGGAGAUCACUGAGGCGACGAUCGUCGACUUUUCCCAAGAGGCCGCGCUCUGCUCGGCGCUCACGCACCCGAAUGUCGUGACGUUCUACGGCAUGUGUGUGCUGCCGCCGACGAUCUGCCUCGUCUCGGAGCUCUGCCGCGGGUCGCUCGACGACAAGCUUCACUUCGCCAAGCACGACUACACCGAGCCGCUCCUCUUGCAGCUCUGCUACAUGCUCGACGCGUCCCGCGCGGUGGCCUACCUGCACUCGUUCUCGCCGCCGUUCAUUCAUCGCGACAUCAAACCCGCGAAUUUUCUCAUGGAUGCGACCAACCGCGUCAAGCUCACCGACUUUGGCGAGUCGCGUUCGAUGGCGGUCAAGGUCGACGACGUCGCGACGCCGAGCGUGCGCUUGAUGACGAUGCGGGGGACCGCCGACUACAUGGCGCCCGAGAUUAUCGACGGCCGGCAAGGCGAGGCCAGCUACAGCGAGAUGGUCGACAUCUACAGCCUCGCGGUCACGUUCUGGGACAUCUUGCACCCCGGGCGUGAAAAAUAUGCAAGCAGUUCAAGCCACAUGCACGUCUUCAAGACCGUGCUAGACGGCCAGCGCCCACCGCUCGACCCGGAGCUCCACCCGGUGUUUCGCGACCUCCUCGAGAGCGCGUGGUGCUCGGACCCCGAGUUUCGUCCGACCGCGAGUGCGGUGGUGAGCCUUCUGGAGGCGUUCCAAGAGGAGCUCUGCGGCACGGUGGCCCACGUGCUGUCGCGCCUCGUGCAGUACACGCCGCUGAGCAAGUCGCGCCGCGGCAAGCCCAACAUGACGUUCACGGGCGAGGAGGUCGUGCGCUGCCUCCGCGAGCACGGGUACGCGUACGAAGACGAGGAGGCGGUCCGCGUCGGGAACGCGCUCAUCGACGCCGGGUGCCUGCACCACGUGACGCACACCAAGGCGUUUGAGAACUCGGUCGCAAGCUACUUUUUCGACGAGGCGCAAAUCGACCUCGUGCAGCCGUUGCCGCGCGACCAGCGCGAGACCAAGUCGUCCAACGACGAGAGCGUGCCCGUCAUUUACGUGUCGCAAGCGUCGAGCUCCGAGCCGCACGAAGCGUCGUCCGAGCGGCUCUUGCACAACGGCAACUGCGGCUGCAAGAAGCUCGCGCAGGGCUUCGAAGCCAAGCCAAAGGCCCCGAAACACAAGCUCUUUCGACGCAACAAGAAGGUGCUCGACGCCACCAACCUCCUCACGGUGAACCUCCUCAACGACAUGGCACCGGACGAGUUUACGGGCUUUGCGACCACGGAAACCAUUUUAUCCGAGCCAAAUCGGAACGCAGGCGCCAACCUCCAGCUCCAAGCCGCCGUGUCCGCGUACGCUGGCGACAUCCAUGCGUCGCGCAAGGUCAUCUUGCCGACGUUCGAGCCGCUUCUCUGGACGCUGUGCCUCGCUUUGAGCCUCUACGCCGGCAGUCUCUGGGCCACGGUGGUGCUCGACCUUGCUUUCGACCUCUCGCAUGCACGCGGCGGUUGUCUUUGCCGGUCGCCAGUUUAUCUUUGUGUUGCUCCUCCGUACUUUUACCAGCGCAGCGUGACGGUCCAAGCCCUCGCACGCGCGAUCGCGAUCGCCUUGACGCUGUCGCUGCUUCCUGUCGCCAUUGCGCUGCUCGGUGGCGCCGGCGACCCCGUCGUGUGUGCUCUCCGCGCCUUUUGCGCCUACCGGCUCGUGGUCCAGCUGCUCGAGUACACGUACGAAGGACUAUUGUAUGCGAAUAUGAACCGAAAUCACGUCUGCCCACGCCUCCAAGUGCUUGUCGAGAUGCACCGGAAACACAUCAUUGACUUUGCACAGCUCGCGAUCCAGGGACGCAUUGGUGCCGGCGUCAGCGCUGUCGUGUACCGCGGCAAGCUCCGCACCAAGCUCGACGUCGCCAUCAAGGCCGCGCUCGCGCAUCCCAACAUUAUCUCGUUUCAUGGUAUGUGCGUGUGCCCUCCGACGAUUUGCCUCGUCUUUGAGCUUUGCCGCGGGAGCGUCGCCGACUACUUGGCACUGCCGGCCGCGCCGCUACAGCAAAGUGGGUUGGACCUUUGUCUUCUCUUGGACACGGCCCGCGCGGUGGCCUACCUCCACUCGUUCUCACCGCAUUUUCUGCACCGCGAUAUCAAGCCGGAUAUUUACUCGUGGACGCCAACGGCAUGGUCAACCUCGCCAACUUUGGGGCGUCCCGCGCCGGGCACGGUCGACUACAUGGCGCCCGAAGUCAUCAACGGCAAGAGCGGCUUUGCCACGUACACGGAAGCGGUCGACGUGUUCAGCCUCGGCAUCACCAUGUGGGACAUUCUGCACCGCGGAAUCGAGCGAUACCCGGGCUUGCACGACAACCACUUGCGCGUGCUCGACCGGGUGCUGCUCGGCGACCGUCCCACGGUGCGCACCGACGUCCACCCACGGUUCGCACAGUUUCUGGACGCCGCGUGGCGCGCCGAGCCCGAGCUUCGCCCCACGGCCGCUACAAUCGUCGACGUCCUCGAGGCAAUUCAUGUCGAGGCGCUUGGACCCGUCGCGCUCGACCUCUCGCGCGCUGCGAUGUUUCUCCAAGGGCGAGGCAACGACCACGUGAUAGAAGCCAUUCGCCUCGGGACAUCGCUCAUGGACGCGGGGUUCCUGCACCACGCGUCGAGCUUACUCCUCGCCCAAGGCCUCAAGGCGACCAAGCACCUUCAAACGGCGGUGGCCUCUUUACGAUCCAGGACGAGCCGCUUUCGCUCCAACUGCUCCGCCGACGAAGUCAUGUUGACAAGCAACAGCAGUGUUUCGUGA